AUGAUUGGCACUACUGUUGACGCUCGAGCCACAAGGAGGCUCGGGCGCCAUAUUAAGACCGUGCAAUUCGCCCAAACUAAGAUCGUCCACAAUUAUGACCAGGGAGAGAGACCUCAACCAAGAGACGACACCUUCACUGUUGAUCCCAGAAUUGCUGCGAGAGCUACCAUCGCAACUUCUUGGAUUGGUACUGCGAACGUUUCUGCCUCUGAGGCCAGCGAUUCAAAUCUACACAUCGUCGAAGCGCCAAUCCAAGCCAACGCUCUCCUCUCAGUCAAUACUGGCAAGUGUCGCCAGGCAAGCAGCAAGCUUGCUUCAGCAAGUCCGUUCGCUACUUCUGGAAAUACGAUUUCAGUUUCCGCAACAGACAGCAUAGAGAUAGUGGAGAUUGAUUGUGCUGAGGAACAAAGCAAGCCAAGUACCGCACAGAAGUACCCAGAAUCUAAGGAGCGUCGACAGCGCCUCAAAUUCCCCGACUACAAUACGAGACUCUCCCGGCCAGCUGCUCGCCCAGUGGGAGAACACAUACGCCCCAAAUCCACGCAGUUCCAACCUAUAGAAGCUCAGCGACCGUUGAGAUCCGAGCCACUUGUUGCGGGUGCAAAACAAGCAGAAGAGAAAGCAGCCAUACUCCCUACGUUCACGCAAACUUUGCACCGAACAUUCCCACUCUCCGGAUCAAGCGACCCGGCCAAGAAGGUGAAGAUCAAGGAAGUUCAUUAG